AUAAUCGCCGCGGGUGUUGCUCUCGCGAACGUCCCGCUACGAGACAGCAACGAAUUUUUUAUGUUAUAUCGUUUGCAUAUACGCCUGCGAUGAAGAAUUCUCUCAAGUGAAUUCCGUAUCAUAGUCCCGAGCAUUCUUCGUGCCUGAAUCAGCUGUGAAAACAGCCAUCUUGUUAUCAGCUGUCGUCAGCGUUAUCGCGAUUAUCACGGAUUAUCAUCGCGGAAGUGUCCGUCGCGUGCGACUUUGAGAGUUUGAGACAAUAACAGGUCGCGACAGGUGAACAUGGAUGAUGAAACGUUGAAUAGGCUGGCAGCCGAAGCUUUACUGGAAGAAGCCAAGCUUGGUGCACGAAGGGCUGAAAUAAUGGGUCCCAGUGGAUGGGUGAAACCUAAAGAAACCGUCAACAAAAGAUUCCUCCAUUCAACAUUACGAAAUGCAGUAAUAUCGAACAAGCAUCGAUCAGUGAAGCAAGAAAAAGUGAAAGUUCCAUCACGUAAAGCGGACACUGUUAAAAAAUCGUAAUGUACACAUAGUAUCGUUCUCGUGUAUUUGUAUUAAUAUAUAUAUUUCUGGUGUGUA